CGGGGGAAGCCCCGGCGGAGGAAGCCCCGGCGGAGGCGGAGAUCCCGGGGUGGCGACGGCUGCUGCUAGCCGCGCUGCAGACCUGGCGGCGGCCACCGAGCGACAGCCCAGCCACUAACGGCCGGGCCCAGGCGCCGCUCCUGCCCACGGACCCGGCUCGCGCUCCCGCCGUCGCCGCCGCCGCCGCCGCGCGCUGUUGUCAUGGAGGAUCCAAGAUGGCGGCGCUGGCGUACACGCGCGGGCGGCGCGAGAUUAACCAGUACUUCAGCGUGAGCAGCGCCAAGGGCCUCGCGCUGGCCGCCGUGCUGUUGCUGGCCGCCGGCCACGCGGCGCUACGCCACUACCCGGGCCACGACUCCUGUGAGCACCUUCUGUCGAGCGGCAGGUUUCUGGGAGAGAAGGUCUGGCAGCCCCACAGCUGUAUGAUGCACAAAUACAAAGUCAGUGAAGCGAAGACCUGCCUUCUCGAGAAGCACGUGGCCUUCGUCGGAGACUCCCGAAUCCGCCAGCUCUUUUAUUCUUUCGUAAAAAUAAUCAACCCUCAAUUCAGAGAAGAAGGAAACAAGCAUGAAAACAUUCCAUUCGAAGACAAAACCGCAUCCCUUAAAGUGGAUUUCCUGUGGCACCCUGAAGUCAAUGCUUCCAUGAAACAGCGGAUCAAAGUGUGGACCGAGGAACCUGCUGGAAAACCCCACGUCGUUGUAGUGGGAGCCGCCACGUGGUCCAUAAAGAGCCACAAUGGCAGCGAUGAAGCCCUCGCCCAGUACAAGACCAACAUCACUUCUCUUGCACCGUUUUUAGAGAAGUUGGCAAAGACGAGUGACGUUUACUGGGUCUUACAAGACCCCGUCUACGAAGACCUUCUCAGUGAAAACAGGCGCAUGAUCACCAACAAGAAGAUCAGCGCCUACAACGAGGCAGCCGUCAGCGUCCUCAAUGGCAGCGCCAAGAACGCCAAGUCCAGGGUCAGGGUUUUCCGGGUUUCCCAGCUGAUCGCCCAAGAGACCAUCAUGGAGUCCGUGGAUGGCCUCCAUCUCCCAGAAUCGAGCCGAGACACAAGCGCGAUGAUCCUCAUGAACGUGUGCUGCAACAAGGUGGUGCGGCCCAUUGACGGCUCCUGCUGCCAGCCCCCCGCUGCCCCUACCCUCACCCAGAAGCUGGCGGCGGCCUUCUUCAGCUUGUCCAUCGCGGGGUGCCUGGUCCUUCACCUGGUGCACCGCCACAGUCACCGGAGGAGCCGGCCAUGUGCCGACGUGGAAGGGGGUGAAGAGAAGAAGGCGGCCCCCGCAGCUCCCGUCUCCCCCUCCGAAGUGGUCCUGCAGUCAUGCUGCAAGCUGGGGCUCAUCAUGGCCUACUUCUACCUGUGCGACCGGGCAGACCUGUUUAUGAAGGAGAACAAGUUCUACACGCACUCCUCCUUCUUCACCCCCAUCAUCUACAUCCUGGUCUUAGGGGUGUUCUAUAACGAAAAUACCAAAGAGACCAAGAUGCUGAACCGGGAGCAGACGGAGGAGUGGAAAGGUUGGAUGCAGCUGGUCAUUCUCAUCUACCACAUCUCGGGGGCCAGCACCUUUUUGCCUGUGUAUAUGCACAUUAGAGUUCUGGUUGCUGCAUAUCUAUUUCAAACAGGUUACGGGCACUUCUCGUACUUUUGGAUCAAAGGAGACUUUGGCAUCCACCGAGUAUGUCAGGUAUUGUUCCGCCUCAAUUUCCUGGUCGUGGUGUUAUGCAUCGUGAUGGAUCGGCCUUACCAAUUCUACUACUUUGUUCCCUUGGUCACUGUGUGGUUCUUGGUCAUCUAUGGCACCUUGGCUCUGUGGCCGCAGAUCACCCAGAAGAAAGCAAACGGUAACUGCUUCUGGCAUCUGGGCUUACUGAUGAAACUCGCUUCCUUGCUCGUUUGCAUCUGCUUCCUGGCCUAUUCGCAGGGGGCGUUUGAGAAGAUUUUUUCUCUUUGGCCGUUAUCUAAGUGUUUCGAGUUGAAUGGAAAUGUCUACGAAUGGUGGUUCCGCUGGAAACUGGACCGCUACGUGGUGUUUCACGGGAUGCUCUUUGCCUUUGUGUACCUGGCCUUGCAGAAGCACCAGCUGCUGUCCGAGGGGAAGGGGGAGCCUCUGCUCCCCAGCAGGGUGGCCAACGUGCUUCUCUUCGUGUCCGUGGUUUCCUUCUUGACCUACUCCAUCUGGGCCAGCAGCUGCAAGACCAAAGCCGAGUGCAACGAGCUCCAUCCUGCCGUGUCCGUCGUGCAGAUCCUGGCCUUCAUCCUCAUCAGAAACAUCCCAGGCUACGCCCGUUCCGUGUAUAGCUCGUUCUUCGCCUGGUUUGGGAAAAUCUCAUUAGAGCUCUUCAUCUGCCAGUACCACAUCUGGCUGGCCGCAGACACCAGGGGCGUCCUGGUGCUCGUCCCCGGGAGCCCAGCGCUCAACAUCACCGUCAGCACCUUCGUGUUCGUGUGCGUCGCCCACGAGAUCUCGCGCAUCACCAACGACCUGGCGCACGUCCUGCUCCCCAAGGAGAGCUCGGCGCUCUGGAAGAGGCUGGCCUGCAUCGCGGCCUUCUUCUGCGCGCUCCUGCUCUUGUCGGCGGUGCGGGGGGGGCGCUAGCCGCCCGGGGGGCUCCCCGAUGUCCCAGAUGAAAGUGGGGUGGGCUGCGUGCUUGGGGCUGCCGACCUCUCCUAGAGGGACGCUUUUCCCUCUGAUCCCUGCCGGGACUCUCCUUGCCUGGAGAAGGAGGGGGCGGGGGGGGGGGGCGCGACCUUCCUCCUCCUCUUCUCCGCCGCCAUCGGGGAAAGCCUUCCUGGCCCCGCCGAGCCCACGGCCGCCGUCUGUCUCCUCCUGAGUGAGCCCCGAGCGGCGGCAGAGGAGGUGCCGGGCCGGGCCCCGCUCUCUGUCCUAGCUAGAUCCGGACUUUAUUUAUCUGUUGUACAGAUGGGCUGCUCACUGCACGUGCUCGCUGUUCCGGGGGGGCUGGGGGGGUAAAUAUAUUUUCUGUUCAAGUCAUGUGACUGUGUGAAGUAAUUUAAAAAGUAAAGCCUUGUUCUGUGAAUGCUCA